GCAUCUCGGAAGAAAUUAACUUACGAUGAAAUAGUGAGCUUAAUUUCACGACUCUAUCUACCCCUAGUACCUUACUUUCGCGCGCGCCACCACUCGUGACCAGUUUACAAUUAAAACUCGAUCAAGUACUUAUCUUCUCUAUGGUUGGCCACUGGUAGUUCCAAUGCGCACGCAGAAACGUCAGCGUCAGUCAUUUCGGCGCAGGUCUCCGCCAUCUUGUCAAAGAACUUGAUUCAGCGUUCCGUGUGGAUAAAUGGUGUACAAUAGUGGAAAAUCUUCUUUCUCUAUGUGGAAAUUCAUCUUCAUCGCUGGUCGGAAACGUGCCACGCUUCAUCCCUCCGGUUACCCAGGAUUCGUGGGAGCUGCAACAGGUGGAAAGCCUCCAACAGCUCGACGUGGGGGUUCAAUGGACCGGUUCACCCCUUUCGACCUGGCCAUACGGAUGUUGGGACUCUCGGAGCCGACAGGAGACUUGCAGCUGGAAUGUCUAUUUCCAUUGCAUUCUGCCUCUGAGUCGGAACAGCCGCCUGUUGUAGUUCCUGCUUCCUGGGUGAUGAUGUGGAACGGUCAGUGACAACGGAAGAGGUGUUUGGUUUGGGGCGACCAAAUGCUUUGAGUGCCCCCAACGGCAACGGCACAGGACGGGGAGGAGAUUCCGGUUCCUGGUCUUUUAAUGGCUCGACAAGACCCAGCUCCUCGUCCAGUCGUUCCAGAAAGUCUGAGUCGCUCAUGUUGCAGCCGUCAGACGGUAUUCUGAAAAGAGGUAAGAUCAUUAUUACCUGGUAUUUUCAUUUCUAUACGGUGAACACACGGUUUG